UCCUCGGCCGCCAUGAGCCACCCGUCGGGCCUCCGGGCCAGCGUUUCUUCCACCUCGUACCGCCGCACCUUCGGGCCGCCGCCCUCUCUGUCCCCCGGGGCCUUCUCGUACUCGUCCGGCUCCCGCUUCUCCGGCGGCCGCCUGCUGGGCUCGGCGUCGCCCGGCUCCUCCGUGCGCCUGGGCAGCUUCCGCGGGCCCCGGGCGGGCGCGGGGUCUCUCCUGCGCCUGCCCUCGGAGCGCCUGGACUUCUCCAUGGCCGAGGCUCUCAACCAGGAGUUCCUGGCCACGCGCAGCAACGAGAAGCAGGAGCUGCAGGAGCUCAACGACCGCUUCGCCAACUUCAUCGAGAAGGUGCGCUUCCUGGAGCAGCAGAACGCGGCCCUGCGCGGGGAGCUGAGCCAGGCCCGGGGCCAGGAGCCGGCGCGCGCCGACCAGCUGUGCCAGCAGGAGCUGCGCGAGCUGCGGAGGGAGCUGGAGCUGCUGGGCCGCGAGCGCGACCGGGUGCAGGUGGAGCGCGACGGGCUGGCGGAGGACCUGGCGGCGCUCAAGCAGAGGCUGGAGGAGGAGACGCGCAAGCGGGAGGAGGCAGAGCACAACCUCGUGUUCUUCCGCAAGGACGUGGACGACGCCACCCUGUCCCGCCUGGAGCUCGAGCGCAAGAUCGAGUCUCUGAUGGAUGAGAUUGAGUUCCUCAAGAAACUUCACGAGGAGGAGCUGAGAGACCUGCAGGUGAGCGUGGAGAGCCAGCAGAUGCAGCAGGUCGAGAUGGAGGCGACCGUGAAGCCCGAGCUGACGGCGGCGCUGAGGGACAUCCGCGCGCAGUACGAGAGCAUCGCGGUGAAGAACCUCCAGGAGGCAGAGGAGUGGUACAAGUCCAAGUACGCGGACCUGUCGGACGCCGCCAACCGGAACCACGAGGCCCUGCGCCAGGCCAAGCAGGAGAUGAACGAGUCCCGACGCCAGAUCCAGAGCCUGACGUGCGAGGUGGACGGGCUUCGCGGCACGAACGAAGCUCUGCUCAGGCAGCUGCGGGAGCUGGAGGAGCAGUUUGCCCUGGAGGCCGGCGGGUACCAGGCGGGCGCCGCGAGGCUGGAAGAGGAGCUCCGUCAGCUGAAGGAGGAGAUGGCCAGGCACCUCCGCGAGUACCAGGAGCUCCUCAACGUCAAGAUGGCCCUGGACAUAGAGAUCGCCACCUACCGGAAGCUGCUGGAAGGCGAGGAGAGCCGGAUCUCCGUGCCAGUCCAUUCCUUUUCAUCUUUGAGUAUAAAGAGGACUGUGCCUGAGAUGGAGCCUCCCCAUGACAGCAACAGCAGGAAGAUGGUUCUGAUCAGGACCAUCGAGACCCGGGAUGGGGAGCAAGUGGUCACUGAGUCCCAGAAGGAGCAGCACAGUGAACUGGACAAGUCUUCUACUCACAGCUACUGAACCCUUUGGUCCAGAGCUCCCAGAUCCUGCCCUAGACCUUCUCUAAGCCCAAACCCUAAUGCCAGGCCUUAGUUAGUCUCCUCUCCUUCUGCAUGUGUCUAGGGGAUGGCAACAGUCACCCAUACUGUGGCUAGUGGCCAAGCCCUACCCAGUCAGCUGUAGCUGGCCCCUCCCUCCCCUAAAUAUAAACAUGACCCAUUUGUGCCCCUUUUCUUGUCCUGGUAAGAGGCUGGUGGUCCCCAGGGCAAGUACUCCUGCUGCGGACUACUUGGGGUGGGCUAGUGUCUGAGCUUCACUUUUGAAUGAAAUAAAACCACUGU